UUCUUAGUCUUAGCAGAGCUCUGCGUCUCACUCCAAGCUGAGUCCAGACGCACUAAACUGGAACUAAACUGAAGUUUACGCAAACAGACCACCAGGAAGACAGACUGGAUAUCCAUGCUGAGGACCUUUCGUGUUUCUGAGCAACAUUUUUGAUCAUUUUGAGCAACAUAUUGGCUCUUUUCCAGUUUCUACAAAUUGAGGUUAUAACAGAAACGUGUUGACCUGGCGGAGAUGACAGGAUGGUGGGACUGUCGCGCAGUAAUCACAGUAAGCACUGGGUGAAAAUGGUGUGACGGCGCGCAUCGGCGCUCCGGUUCUCCGGUGUUAGGGCUGGAAAGUGCAUCUCUCCUCCACAUUUCUUCGCUUGGGUUUUUUUUUUCUGGGGAAGCGCAGACGAGCGGUUUCUCAUCGCAGCCUCACUUCUGAGCACCUGUUGUGCGUCUUUGCUGAUGAGUUCAUAUGCGCCGGGAUUUUUCUCAACCACCGAAAACCUACAGCCUCAGUGUAACAUGGCCUAGCAGCGAUGUCCCAGCUGUAUUACCGCCGUACUGAUAACUCCUCGUAUCGAGACCGCAUCCCUCUGCGGAUUGUGCGGGCCGAGUCGGAACUGUCCCCCCUAGAGAAGGCCUACCUGAAUGCCGUAGAGAAGGGUGACUAUGCCAGCGUGAAGCAAGCCCUGGAGGAGGCUGAGAUCUACUUCAAAAUCAACAUCAACUGCAUCGACCCUCUUGGCCGCACAGCCCUGCUUAUCGCCAUUGAGAAUGAGAACCUGGAGAUCAUCGAACUCCUGCUCAGUUUUAACGUAUACGUAGGUGACGCGCUGCUCCAUGCCAUACGCAAAGAGGUGGUGGGUGCUGUGGAGCUACUGCUCAACCACAAGAAGCCCAGUGGGGGCAUGCAGGUGCCUCCUAUUCUGCUGGACAAACAGUUUUCUGACUUCACUCCUGAUAUAACACCCAUUAUUUUGGCUGCUCACACCAACAACUAUGAGAUCAUCAAGCUUCUGGUGCAAAAGGGCGUCUCGGUGCCCCAGCCACACGAGGUGCGCUGCAACUGUGUGGAGUGUGUAUCCGGCUCAGAUGUGGAUAGCCUGCGACACUCACGCUCCCGUCUCAACAUCUACCGCGCACUGUCCAGUCCAUCACUGAUCGCCCUGUCCAGUGAGGACCCGUUCCUCACGGCUUUCCGCCUCAGCUGGGAGCUGCAGGAGCUCAGCAAGGUGGAGAAUGAGUUCAAGGCUGAGUACGAGGAGUUGUCGCGCCAGUGCAAACAAUUCGCCAAGGACCUGCUGGACCAGACACGCAGCUCCCGAGAGCUGGAGCUCAUCCUCAAUUACAGAGAUGACAUAAAUCCACUGGAGGAUGAGGGCAAUAACAAUGAUCUUGCCAGGCUCAAAUUGGCCAUCAAGUACCAUCAGAAGGAGUUUGUAGCACAGCCAAACUGUCAGCAGCUCCUAGCAUCCCGCUGGUAUGAUGAGUUUCCGGGCUGGAGGAGACGCCACUGGGCCGGCAAGUUCGUCACCUGCAUUUUCAUCGGCCUCUUGUUCCCUCUCUUCUCCAUCUUUUAUCUGAUAGCCCCCAAGAGUCACUAUGGCCUUUUUAUCCGCAAGCCCUUCAUCAAGUUCAUCUGCCACACUGCCUCUUACCUGACCUUCCUCUUCCUCCUUCUUCUGGCGUCCCAGCACGUGGUCACCACAGAGUCGGAUCGGCAGGGUCCAGCUCCCACCACUGUGGAAUGGAUGAUACUGCCUUGGGUGCUCGGCUUUAUCUGGGCUGAGAUCAAACAGAUGUGGGAUGGCGGCUUUCAAGAUUAUGUGCAUGAUUGGUGGAACCUCAUGGAUUUUGUCAUGAAUUCUCUCUAUCUAGCCACUAUCUCUCUAAAGAUUGUAGCUUACACAAAGUACAGUGACUUCAAACCCAGGAAAGACUGGGAGAUGUGGCAUCCUACCCUGGUGGCAGAGGCAUUAUUCGCCAUUGCCAACAUCUUCAGUUCUCUGCGCUUAAUCUCGCUCUUCACAGCUAACUCUCACUUGGGUCCUCUUCAAAUCUCUCUGGGCCGCAUGCUACUGGACAUCCUUAAAUUCCUCUUCAUCUACUGCCUGGUGCUUCUGGCCUUCGCGAAUGGCCUCAACCAGCUAUAUUUUUAUUAUGAGACAGAGGCUUCAAACAAGACAGGGAAUUGCAAGGGUAUUCGCUGUGUACAGCAGAAUAAUGCAUUCUCCACGUUAUUUGAAACCCUCCAGUCUUUGUUCUGGUCCAUAUUUGGCCUCAUCAGUCUGUAUGUGACCAACGUUGAUCCAGAACACCAAUUCACUGAGUUUGUUGGAGCCACCAUGUUUGGAACCUAUAACAUUAUUUCUCUGGUAGUGCUUCUCAACAUGCUGAUUGCCAUGAUGAACAACUCCUAUCAACAUAUUGCUGAUCAUGCUGACAUCGAGUGGAAGUUUGCUCGAACUAAGUUGUGGAUGAGCUACUUUGAAGAGGGAGGCACUUUGCCUCCUCCAUUUAAUAUAAUCCCCAGCCCUAAGUCUGCAUGGUACCUGAUCAGAUGGAUCAAGAAGCACAUCUGCAAGAGGACAAUAUCAGAGAGAACUGAGACUUUUGGGUCAAUUAGUAGGAGAGCUGCAAAGAAUGUCCACAUCAAUCACCAGUAUCAGGAGGUGCUCCGAAACUUGGUGAAGCGGUACGUGGCUGCAAUGAUCAGAGAUGCCAAGACAGAAGAAGGCCUAACAGAGGAGAACUUCAAGGAGCUAAAACAGGACAUUUCUAGUUUCCGAUAUGAAGUGUUAGGAAUGAUGAAAGGAAAUAAACCAGGACUACAAACUUCCAAAGGAAGUACAGGGGCCUCAAACAUGGCCUAUUCUGACCAUCCUAUAAAGUGUUCAACAGCUCCUCCUGGAGAACAACUGAAGAGCAAGCUUAAACUUUUCAGUGUCACUGCCUCUAUUCUUCAACAAAAUUCAAAAGCAAAUACAAAGAAUACAGAACACUGUCUUGCUAAUGGGUCCAUCCCUACACCAUCAGAAAUUCCAUCGUGUAACAGGACAACAAGUGAUUUUUCUGGAUUGUAUCACCAAAUCCGGCACAGGGGGACGGACGAUCCUGGCAGGAUUUAUUCGGUGUGUGAAGAGGUUGGGGAGUCAGAUACAGAGGAACUGGGGGAGAAUAACAAGAAUGACAAAACCUCUGAGUCAUUGAUUAUGAACAAGGCCAAUGAAAAUGAAAUUGAUGAAAGCAGUAAUGAGACAAAAGAAGUGCACAAAGUGACAGAGGAAAGAAACAGAUUUUCUGACCUACCAUGUAUAUGUGAUGAAGAUGUGAAUGAUGAGCAUACUGAAAUUGAUGAAGAAAUCAGCAGAUUAUAGUAGCAUACAACCACUACGAGAUGGACAAUCAGACACCAGUUAAGCCAAACUGUAGUAGCUUCUUUGAAAUCAACUUGUCUGAACUGUUACAGAUUUCCAUUCUUCAGUCUUUAAGAUUUUAGAGAAAGGUGUUGACUGAGACCACGAACAGUAAACUCUUAAAAUAUUUCAACCAUAUUCCAUAUACAGGUUGCCUGAAUCACCAAUAUAGCGCACGGACAUGCCCUGCUGAGGAUUUCUUUGAAGGAGACUCAGGGAUGACUGUCUUUUUUGGAGUAUUCUAGGGUUUGGAAGCUAUGGCCACAAGAAGAUACAUUGCCAGUAAUUUCUGUCCUUUAGUAGCCAUUGUUUGGCUCUGUGGUUUCAAUUAAACUCUGUUGGUUUAAUUGCUUGUCACAAUAAAGCAAAAUUGAAGGUGUAAAAAUAGAAAACUACAUCAGAAGCAACUGUCCUGGUGAGGCUUUUAUUAAUAGAGUUUUGGGACUAUUGUUAAAUAACAAACAUUGGCACAGGCAUGAGCCCAUAGAGCAAAAUAAAUCAUCUUCACAAGUUUUCAGAAUGGCUGCCGGAAGCUGACCAUUGCCUGCCCACUGUUUGAUUUACCAGCUGAUGCUAACUUUGGGCCGUAUUCAGAGUUGAAUAAAGUAUGGUUAGUAAAGGGUUAAAUGAUAAUAAUUAUAACAAUAUAAAAAUAAUCAUAUGAAUUCCUAAAUUUUAAAUUUCAUUUACACUGAAAACUUGUCUUAAGACAAUACUUCUCUUGAGGAUAGAAAUGUAUAUGGCUAUAAAAAAAGAAAAAAAGAACUAUAACUACUUAAAGCUGUAGUAUAUAAGAUUUUGGAAUUUUGCCCUUCAUAACGGGUCAUAAUGGGUUGUGCUGCACUAUUCCUCCAUGGCACACAUUAAUCUCACAGGUGGGAGUGCACACAUGAAUAGGAGGAAGUGUCCCAAACUGCACGAAUGACAUUGUGCUGUGGUGACAUACCGUGUAGUAUGGUAAUAUGCAGUUUGGGAUGCAGUUUGGGAUGCAGCUCAAAUAUCCACAAUAAUAAAAUAGAUUUAUUGUGCAACAUCAACUCUGUUAUAGUUACUGAGUACCAGAUGAAAGAGCGAAACCUCUCAACAAGAGAUUGUCUUUUAGCUUCAAUCAGCUGUUUAGCUCUUACUGUGACUGCUUGAUCAAGCAGCAGUGACCGAGCAUCGUCGUUAUCAUGGUGUAACCGUGCUCAUUCUGUGGUAUAAUAAACAGCCUAUAAUCUACAGAAAGAACUAGUCACCCAACUGUCUGCUGGUUGUCUGCUGGUUGUCUGCUGUAAUUUCACAGCGUGCUGCUUGUACUGGACUGUGGGCUAAACAUAGGGGCUUUUCUCAAGCUCCUGCACAUCUCCAGGUCUGUUAGAUGCAGCUAGCAAUUUAAAAUGUAGUGUAAAAGUUUUCCAAAUAUUUACUCGUUGUAUCUGUGUUUUCUGUGUAUUUUGUUAUAUAAUUUUUUUUGUUUUCAAUAGGUUUAAAAAGGUUUGUCAUGAACUGGGUAGUAUUAGCAUACUUCAUACUAGCAUACUAAAACUGUCGCCUGAGUAUAAAAAACACAAAGAUCGGUAAGCAGAGUUGUUGAAUCACUUACAAAAACUCAACACCAUGCCUUAGGCACUACCAGCAAUCCUGAGAUCUCUAGCUCAACAACAUCUCAACUGGUUUGCAAUAUAAACACCACAACAAGGGUAACUCAGAUGACUAUCAUCUACCGUUCACAUGCUUCUCACCAAAUUAAAGAACAAAUAAAUGCCUUACCAGUUUAGAAAAAAAACUAAAACUCCAUCAGUCCUGCAUUGUUUUUUCCUAUUAGAAUGUAGUACUGGACUCUCACCCUCACACUUUGUUUACACUCGCAUGGAGUUCAUUGCACAAUAAUUGAUUGUGCUUUAUCAAGUUUAUCAAGUAUUCAAGUCAGCUGGCAUUACAGUAUGAAAUCCAUACUGUAAAUUCUUAUUUAGUCCAAUUACAAUUGCAAAUACAGUGAAUGUACACUACUGAAAUAUUGAAUAUUUUAUUUUAUUUUAUGUUAUUGAAAGGUAAUUAAAAAUCAUUUGGCAUGUUGUUGAGAAUCAGCUGAUUAAAUGUCUAUAGCUGGUGCGUAGAUUUGUAUAAAGGACUAUCCAAAUACAAUGUUACUAAAAAUCUGGAAACCUUGGGGCAGGUGAUUUUUAUUAAUCUAAUUGGGUUGCCCAGAAAAGUCAAGCACUUGCCUAAGCUGGCUCUGAAUUUAGAGAACUUUCCUGUUGUAAAUAUUGACAUAAAUUUUGAACUUAAUUUUCAACUUAACUUAAGUGGCCAACUCUGAAUACGGCACUUUGUCAUUAGCUGAGAGAGUUCAUGUCUUCAUACAGCUUACUAUAGUAUAUAUUAUUACUAUGCAAAUAUUUCAAACUGUUUAACCUUAUACAGUGUUACACAUGGUAGACAUUCAUGAUGUUGCUUUGAACUGAUGUCCUCGAUGCAAGACCAGAGAGCAUGGAGGAUGAAGGAAUAAGAGUAUGGGAAUUUCAUUCUCUACUCUGUAGUUAUAUCAUGUUAUUGGGUAAGCAUCCACAUUUAUUUGUGGUAUAUAUGCCCUACUUCAGUGUCAUGUAGCCUUUAUAUCACAAUUCUAUUGAACUUGUCAUAUUGAACUUAUCUGUCAUGUAUAUUCUGUAUCAUUCUUUAAAAUCAUGUUAAACAUUUCAAACUGAACAACUGCAUCACAUUUUCAUACUCAAAAGGUAAUGAUUGGCAUUUUGAAACUGAGCUGUCUGCUGACUUUAUCAUGUGAGCAUAAUGAACAGAGCAAACAUGUUUGCUUAUAGGGCCAGUGCUGUAUGCUGAAUACAAAAAAGUGAAAAUAAAUAAACAA